AUAUAGAUUUUCUUGCUGAGAUUCAAGUACCAUGAGAUGGAUGAUCGUGAUAACCCAACCAGAUCACCAACUAAAAUGUGCUUGUCACUUUCACGCAGCUUUUUACACAGCUUAAAUUACUAUUAAGCUUCCACAAAAACAAUUGAUUGGUAUAAAGAAUCGGUUUUGGUCGUCACCCAUAUUAUAGACAUCCCUCUGGCAACCAUGCUCCACUUAGCUCCUAGUCCUCUGAAUCAUAAAACCAGAAGAGAAGAUAUUAAGAGAAAACGCUGAUGGCUUUGGCACUACUAUGAGAGUAGAGCAAAUACCAGCUAAUAGCUAGCUAGGCGCCCCCAAUGCGCGUGCGCUCAUUUAGCAGAUGAGCUUGCUAGCUACUCGCCUCAGCUCAACUAUCACUUUCCGCUUUAAACUUUCUAAGACAAAAACCCUAGCUGUAGCAACUACCUGCAUUACACGCUGGAGUCCCACGACUUUGAGCCCACCCCCCACGAAAUCCCCACGCAUUAACCUUUACAACACAAAUCUACACAAAAUCUCACAUGUAUAAAUUCUUUCCUCCUUGCAUGUACCUACCAACCCUCAACCUCUAAAUCAUCUCCUUGCGGUCCUUGUCCUUCACACACACACACACACACACAUAUAUUGAUUUACAUAUGGCUGAGCCCAGCACAUCCACCAAUGUGCCCCAAAUAAACCAAACUCAGUGACUUGCAGCACUACAUUUUGACCCUCAUUCACCUAUAGUAGUGAACUCACUUGACCCUAUAUUGUCACAUUCUAUCCCUACAAACACAAGUGAAAAUCCAUCUCCAGAAUAUCAUCCUCCUCAACAAUAUUGUAAGCCACCAGCAUGGCCACAACUUCAUCUAGCUCCAAAAGGCACCCAUUGUAUCGUGGAAUCCGGAGCCGCAGUGGCAAAUGGGUGUCCGAAAUCCGGGAGCCACGAAAAACUACUCGUAUUUGGCUUGGUACAUUCCCAAAGCCGGAGAUGGCAGCAGCCGCCUAUGAUGUGGCUGUCCUAGCCCUAAAAGGUACUGAUGCAGUUCUUAACUUCCCGAAUUCUGUUGGGACUUAUCCUGUUCCUGCAUCAACAUCACCCACUGAUAUUCGUAAUGCAGCUAAUGCUGCUGCUGCAUUAAAAAAGGCUGAAAUGAGCUACAAUGAAGCAUUAGAUGAACAACGUAGGAAUGACUGUGCCGUUGGUACCUUUUUGGAAUCGGGUGGAGAAGAAUUUGUUGAUGAGGAGGCACUGUUUGAUAUGCCAAAUUUGCUGGUGGACAUGGCAGGAGGAAUGCUGCUUUCGCCACCAAGAAUAACCUCAUCGCCAUCUGAUGACUCACAGGGAACUUCUGAUGGAGAAAGUCUGUGGAGCUAUUCUUAACAUUAAUUCUCCUUACUACAAAUCUUUACAACCUCAUCAAUGGAUUAAUUAACAACAUAAAGAAAGAAACAAGAGGGGUGUGGCAGUCAUUACUGUGACUUUUUUUGGGUACUAUUCUGCCUGUCCUGAAGUAUAAGCCAAGCAAUAAAAAUGGAGGAGGUUAGGAUGUGAAACGAAAACAGGAUAAAAGAUUCAUCAAACAGUGCCAGUGAUCACAUACGUUGUGUGUUUUUGAAUUUUGAGAUAGAGAAUAGUGAGUUAGAGUUGCAUUUCUUUUCAUGUGAACACCUCGUUGUAUAAUAGUUUAUCUAGCUUGUAAAUAUUUUUUGGCUUUGCUUUU